UGUGGUCUUUUUCCGUGGGCGCCUGAGCGGGUUCCGGUAAUAUGGCAUCAUGGUGUUGUUAACUUGAUAUCACUAGCUUUCAGUGUGUUUUUGCAUUUGGUAGUAAUCGGCCCUGGUGUUCGACAAAUAGCUGAAUAUGUCGGACAUACAGGUAAGACCGCUUCCAGUAAGAAGAAUCGGUUACUGGAUGAGCGAGAAAAAGCGACGAAAGUUGAACCUCGCCUACUUCGCUGAUUUAUGCAGGAGAAACAACAUGGAACUUGUCAAGGUUGAUCUAAACCGGCCGUUGGUUGAGCAGGGCCCUUUUGAUGUGUUCAUUCACAAGCUGAGCGACGUGAUGGCCAAGGCUGGUCUUGGAGACCAGCGCUCACACGAAAUAUGCACAUCCAUUGAGGAGUACUUGGCGAGACAUCCAAGCACUUUAGUUUUAGAUCCACUCCCGCGCGUUAGAUGCCUACUUGACCGAUACACACAGUAUUCUCUGCUGGAUAACGGACCAAUGAGUGGGUUAGGAGAUGUCUUCACUCCCUCUUUUGUGGAACUAAAGACAAAAGAUGUGACCGAAAACCUUAAGUUGCUGCGCAUGGCAAACGUCACAUUCCCUUUUGUAUGCAAGCCACUUGUAGCACAUGGGUCAUCAAGCGCUCAUGAGAUGUCGAUCAUAUUCAAUGAAGCGGGUGUGCAAGGUGUCACACCACCAUGCGUUGCUCAGACGUUUGUCAACCACAAUGCAUUAUUGUACAAAAUCUUCGUGAUUGGGGACCAACAUUUCACAAUAGAGAGACCAUCAAUCAGGAAUCUGUACUCUGGUGGUCAGAAGACAGUAUUCUUUCAUAGCGGUGAUGUAUCAGGGGCCAAUGCAUCCUCCUCCCUCAAUGAUGUCGAGCAGGCGGACGUGCCUGCGAGUGUGCGGCCGCAACCGAUGAAGCUCUCCCGCCUCGUCGACGUCGUGCGCGAGCGGCUGCAGCUGGCGCUGUGCGGCAUCGACGUCAUCGUCGAACACGGCACAGGACGCUACGCCGUCAUCGACAUCAAUGCCUUUCCCGGUUACGACGGAGUGCCGGAUCUGUUUGAGGUGCUGCUAGGCUACAUCGUGCAGCAGCUGGACAGACGCGAUGACAAGAUGACUGUAUGCAGUGCACGCGAUGACAAGAUGGCCGCCCGAGGCUCGCUUGUCGUCUCGUCGCGUGCAGUCGAGCGCGAGAACGCUUACAACCGGCAGCAGACGAUGAGCCUUGAGACUGCGGUGCGCCACAACAGCUGGCUGCUGCACGCGUAGACCCUCGCGUGGACGCCCGCCACGUGCAACCAGCAGCGGCGACGUUGCAUCAGGAGCGUGACGUCGCGGGGCCUGUACAGUGCUGCCACCUAGCUGUGAUGGGUCGUCGACCUGGGACUCCGCUCCCCUCCUCCUCCCUCCUGUGUGACUCGCCUGUGGGACUUAAUCCGUGUGCUUCCACUUCCCCUUAUUCACAUCCAGAUAAUAGCCACGUAUAGAGUAGGUAGUACUUAGUGGCGUAAGUAGUGGUAGAUAGUGGUUUUCACGUCGGUCCGGCCAUCUCGAUUGCCGUGUUGGGGUUCCUCUGACGCAGUAGUGCACCACGAAGUCGUCUAGCGCAGUGUGUUGACGUUCGAUCGAUGCGCAAUCGAUCCUCGCAACUUUGAACGAGGUCGUCGCCUCUGCCAUCUGUGGACUGGUGGACGACGAUGGCGCUCGUGUCGCCAGUGUAAAUAAUUAUGCAGAGGGGCAAACGCGAGUACCCGUACGUCGCGUCGUUCACGGCAGCAGGGCUGUAGACGCAGAGCUGCGCGGGUUUGUGUUGGGUUCGCACGGAUGCGAGGAACAGCGUGCAUGUUAGCGUUCGGUCGCUCGCUGUAUAGGCAGCGGUUCUGCUCCCGUCGCGUACUUCUGUGUCCGUAUCACUUCUGUCUCACUUCUUGAAUAGGUAUUGCCGUCGUGCUCUUUCACUCUAGGCGCAAUCUCGUGGCAGUUUGCUCGAUGUGACCAGCACAGUUCGGGCUCUGAUACAUGCUGGUGAACUGAUACCCUGACAUGCGAUCGAAUGGGUCCCAGGUUGAGCGAGCAGUUAUUCCGGUGGCUAAAGUUGUGCAUCGUAAAAUCAUGAAGGAAGGAUUGAGGCAGCUAUAGAAAUUGCAGUUUUAUUUGGGAAACGUGGUAUAUGUCAUCUACUCGCGCGAGCAAUCUCCCCAGUGCAACGUUGAACCAGAGUUGCGUGGUACCAGCUGCCAGGACCCUGCCAUUGUCUAUGCCAUUAUGUAUAGAUUAUUUUCCCCAAAGUCAAGAUUUCUUUUAUCUAAAGCAUUGGCGUUCGUGAAAAGAGAGCAGCAACUUGUGUUCUCCAGCUCAGAGUAUGAGGCAACAGCAUUCUAUUGGUUUAAAACAUCACUUAGUCAUCGUGUGAACUUACUAGAGAGCAUGGCCCCAUUUCUAUAAACUGUCAAUCUGCUAUCAUGCGUAUCAAACAGACGUCACUCCUGGUGUAACACCUCGAGCAGCUAUCAAUCACGUAACACGUCCCCAUGUGUUUAACGUAUGAUUGUGCUAUAAUAUAUGCUCACACCACGUCGCCACCUACCUAUAAACACGUCGGCUGCUAGCAUGCACACCCGAAACACGUGGUACUCCUAAUCUCGGGCAUACAGGUGCGCUCUCGUAAGCACUCAGAACACGUGCUUAACACAACCUACUCACUACUGAACACGCAUUGCAUGGCACGCAGCAAUACAAUUGCAGCUUUCAUCUGAUCGCAUGAGCACGUAUACGUGCAGAUGAAAACACGCGCAUAGAAACAAGCGAACGCCGCUGGCAUCUGGGAGCUCACAACCAGUGUCCACCUACCUGCCUACGCUGCAUUUACUUCCGCAAACAGCAGAGCAUGUAAAGCAAAUGUGCAGCCCAGUUGACCCGAUAAUUUUUGGCUUUUAUAGCUAAAACUUUGGAUAACAGUACUGCUGGCAUUCUGCUAUGUGCUAUACGCUGUCACUUAUCUGUAUGAUGACUGGAACAUGUCAUAUCUGUCAAGCAGGUGACAGUGUUACAGGUGAGAUAUGUCAUAUCUGUGAAGCAGGUGACACUGUAACAGGUGAGAUGUCAUAUUUGUCAACCAGGUGACACUGUGUUACAGUUGAGAUGUCAUAUCUGUCAACCAGGUGACACUAUGUUGCAGAUGAGAAGUCAUCUGUCAACCAGGUGACACUGUGUUACAGGUGGGAUAUAGCAUAUCUGCCAAACAGAUGACACUGUGUUACAGAUAGACGUUAUAUCUGUCAACCAGGUUAGACUGUGUUACAGAUAAGACAUGCUGUGUCUGUCAACUAAUGUUAUCUAGUCGUGAUAUAUAAGGUGAACGUUGAUUCCAAACAUAGCCGUUUAUUUAUUCACUUAGCAAAUACACACAAUCACAAUGGUUGCCCAAUUCGCCUCUAUCCCACCUGCUCUACUUUUCAUGUAUCAAUGCACCACGUGGUUCAGUUAGAUAAUGUGACAUCAACCAGGUGACAAUUUGUUACAUUUGAGACAUAUCUGUCAACCAUGUGACAUUGUGUUACAUGUGAGAUGUCAUGUUUGUCAAGCAGGUGACACUGUGUUACUGGUGAGGUAUUAUGUCUGUCAACCAGGUGACACUGUUACAUGUGGGACAUUAUGUCAGUCAACCAAGUGACACUGUGUUACAGGUGGGACGUUAUGUCUGUCAACCAUUUCACAUAUUCUUAUGUAACAGACGUCGACAUAUGCACCACUAGUUUUUCUGUACAUGUGAAACGGCACGAUGUUUAAGAGCUGAUAGAGGUGGUGGUUUAAUCUCUGUUGAGUCGAUGAAUUUUUUUAUAUCAUCACUGUUCACUCUGAGUUACGUGUAUUAAAGUGUAAAUGUCAGGUGUUAGUAUAUUAGAGCUUUUAUCCCUUUUCAUACGUUAUAAAACCGUGGUCUCUUCUUAUUACAAUGUGCUGUACGUGUGUAUGUCACUAACCCUUUUGGGUUGAGAAUGUGAACAUAAACUUGAUGAAAUAACGCGCAUGAAAAUGUUAACAAAAUAAAGCUAUUUUCAUUAUUUUUAAAAGUA